GUCUGGGCAUGGCGGGGGUUCGAUGCGUGCGGGGAGUCGGGUUGUGGGGGUGCAAGAGGUUUUGGGGCACGGGGGGGUCGGCCCCAGCGAGGCCACCAUGUCCCAGUCUGUCACCUGCCUGAAGCCUCUGCCUGUGCCACCCUGCCAGCAGUGGGGGGAUGGCCGAGAGACCCCCCCAUCCCCAUCACCACCGGGAUCUCCGCUCGGCUUCCCCGGCGAGACGCUGUUCCGGCAGGGAAACGGGGUCACCUACCGCAUCCCGGCUCUGCUCUACGUGCCCCCCACCGCCACCUUCCUGGCCUUUGCCGAGAAACGCUCCUCAGCCAGGGAUGAGGACGCCAAGUUCCUGGUGCUGCGCCGGGGCUGCCGGGACGGCUCCUCGGUCAAGUGGGGUCCGCUGGAGGAGCUGUCGGCGCUGGUGCUGCCCGGCCGCCGCACCAUGAACCCCUGUCCCCUUUACGACGCGACGAGCGGCGUCAUCUUCCUCUUCUGCAUCUGUGUGGAGCGGGGCAAGACAGAGCGGCGCCAAAUCUGGCGGGGCUGCAGCGCCGCCCGCCUCUGCUAUUCCACCAGCGCCGACAGCGGCCGCACCUGGACCGCACUGCGGGACGUGACGGACCAAGCCAUCGGCAGCGACCUGUCCCGCUGGGCCACCUUCGCCGUGGGGCCGGGCCACGGCGUCCAGCUGGGCUCGGGGCGCCUGGUGGUGCCGGCGUAUGCCUACUACGUGCACCGGCGCUUGUGCGGGGCCGUGCCACUGCCGUGCUGCACCCGCCAGCACGCCCUCGUCUUCUACAGCGACGACGGCGGGCGCAGCUGGCACAAGGGCGACCUGGUCGCCGGCGGCGAAACGGGCGAGUGCCAAGUGGCUGAGAUAAUCCGGGACGAUGCCCAGCGGCCCGUGCUCUACUGCAACGCCCGGGCGGCGCGGGGCUGCCGGGCCGUGGCGUUCAGCACCGACCGCGGGAUGCGCUUCGGGCGCUCGGCGCGGUGCAAAGAGCUGGGGGAGCCGCCGCGGGGGUGCCAGGGCAGCGUGGUGAGCUUCCCCGCGCCCGCCGGGGACACCCCCACGUGGUUACUGUACUCCCAUCCCACCGACCGGCACCGCCGGAGCGAUUUGGGCGUCUAUCUCAACCCCUCGCCGCUGGACGGGGCGGGAUGGAGGCGCCCGUGGGUGCUGCGCCCGGGGCCGGCGGGUUAUUCCGACCUGGCCGUCUGUCCCGGCGGCGGUUUCGGCUGCUUGUUCGAGUGCGGCGAGAGCAGCGCCUGCGAGGAAAUCGCCUUCUGCCUCUUCGCCCUGGGCGAGCAGAACCUCCAAGCUUUUUAAAAUGGACCGAUUUUAGAUGGGGGUCACUCCCGAUUACCAGCGGCCGGUGGCGCCCGCACCUCACCGGGGGCCUUUGCGAUGCGCAGGAGGCUCCGCAUCACAUAGGUUUUAUUUAAUUAGCGCUUUGCUUUUUAAUCACCCAGCAGAUAGAGAUGUUGGUGUCCUGGGCAGAGUGAAGAAUAUGCUGACACAGCACCCGAAAUUCCACUGCUUUGCCAAAAAUUGGUGGCAGCAAAAAAGCAAAAGGUGCCACCAAGAGCAGCCAGUCCCCUGUGGGAAAGUACCGGAAAGUGGUUGGUUUAGUUAAAAAUACCAGUGAUUUCUGUCUCCCCGCCACAUGGCAGAGAAUCUGCUUUUUUACCCCUUUUUUAUCCUGUUUUCAGAUUCAGGGCGAGUUUUGCCCCAUAUUCUCAUGGGGAAAACCACUCAGAUCUUGAGGGUUUUUUAAUUCUGCUCCGUAGGGGAUAGGCUGUGGCAUCGCCAGAGUGACAGUGGCCACACAUCCCCGUGCGGCUGCCAAAUAAAGUUGUCCCAAAAAUGGGUGGAAUCCAA